AUGGCUGCUGGCUGCCGGCUGCUCUGGGCGCUGACACUUUUCCAAUCGGGGCUGGUCCGCCUCUCGUCCGAGGAGCCCUUCCCCUCGGCCGUCACUAUCAAGUCAUGGGUGGAUAAGAUGCAAGAAGAUCUUGUCACACUGGCAAAAACAGCAAGUGGUGUCAACCAGCUUGUGGAUAUUUAUGAGAAAUACCAAGAUUUGUAUACUGUGGAACCAAAUAAUGCACGCCAGCUGGUGGAAAUCGCAGCCAGGGAUAUUGAAAAACUUCUAAGCAACAGAUCUAAAGCCCUGGUGCGCCUGGCUUUGGAAGCAGAGAAAGUUCAAGCAGCCCACCAGUGGCGGGAGGAUUUUGCAAGUAAUGAAGUUGUCUACUACAAUGCAAAGGAUGAUCUGGAUCCUGAAAAAAAUGACAGUGAGCCAGGCAGCCAGAGGAUAAAACCUGUUUUCAUCGAAGAUGCUAAUUUCGGACGACAAAUAUCCUAUCAACAUGCAGCAGUCCAUAUUCCCACCGACAUCUAUGAGGGCUCAACAAUUGUGUUAAAUGAACUGAACUGGACAAGUGCCUUAGAUGAAGUUUUCAAAAAAAAUCGAGAUGAAGAUCCUUCAUUGUUGUGGCAGGUGUUUGGCAGUGCCACUGGUCUGGCCCGGUAUUAUCCAGCUUCUCCAUGGGUUGAUAACAGCCGAACUCCAAACAAGAUUGACCUUUAUGAUGUACGCAGAAGACCAUGGUACAUCCAAGGAGCUGCAUCUCCUAAAGACAUGCUUAUUCUGGUUGAUGUGAGUGGAAGUGUUAGUGGGUUGACACUUAAAUUGAUCCGAACGUCUGUCUCCGAAAUGUUGGAAACCCUAUCAGAUGAUGAUUUUGUGAAUGUAGCUUCAUUUAACAGCAACGCCCAGGAUGUGAGCUGUUUUCAGCACCUUGUACAAGCAAAUGUGAGAAACAAGAAAGUCCUGAAAGACGCUGUGAAUAACAUCACAGCGAAAGGGAUCACAGAUUAUAAGAAGGGCUUUAGCUUUGCUUUUGAACAGCUGCUUAAUUACAACGUUUCCAGAGCUAACUGCAAUAAGAUCAUCAUGCUGUUCACGGAUGGAGGAGAGGAGAGAGCCCAGGAGAUAUUUGCCAAAUACAACAAAGACAGAAAAGUACGUGUAUUCACAUUUUCUGUUGGUCAACAUAAUUAUGACAGGGGACCUAUUCAGUGGAUGGCCUGUGAAAAUAAAGGUUAUUACUAUGAAAUUCCUUCCAUUGGAGCAAUAAGAAUCAAUACUCAGGAAUAUUUGGAUGUUCUGGGAAGACCAAUGGUUUUAGCAGGAGACAAAGCUAAGCAAGUCCAAUGGACAAAUGUGUACCUGGAUGCACUGGAACUUGGACUUGUCAUUACUGGAACUCUUCCGGUCUUCAAUAUAACUGGCCAAGUUGAAAAUAAGACAAAUUUAAAGAACCAGCUGAUUCUUGGCGUGAUGGGAGUUGAUGUAUCUUUGGAAGAUAUUAAAAGAUUAACACCACGCUUUACACUGUGCCCUAAUGGCUAUUAUUUUGCAAUUGAUCCUAAUGGUUAUGUUUUAUUACAUCCAAAUCUUCAGCCAAAGAACCCCAAAUCUCAGGAGCCAGUAACUUUGGAUUUCCUUGAUGCAGAAUUAGAGAAUGAUAUUAAAGUGGAGAUUCGCAAUAAAAUGAUAGAUGGAGAAAAUGGAGAAAAAUCAUUCAGAACUCUGGUUAAAUCUCAAGAUGAGAGAUAUAUUGACAAAGGAAACAGGACAUAUACAUGGACCCCUGUCAAUGGAACAGACUACAGUUUGGCCUUGGUAUUACCAACCUACAGUUUUUACUAUAUAAAAGCCAAAAUAGAAGAGACAAUAACUCAGGCCAGAUAUUCUGAGACACUGAAGCCAGAUAAUUUUGAAGAAUCUGGCUAUACAUUCUUAGCACCAAGAGACUACUGCAAUGACCUUAAAAUAUCAGAUAAUAACACGGAAUUUCUUUUAAAUUUCAAUGAGUUUAUUGAUAGAAAAACUCCAAACAAUCCAUCCUGUAACACGGAUUUGAUAAACCGGGUCUUGCUGGAUGCAGGUUUUACAAGUGAACUGGUCCAAAAUUACUGGAGUAAGCAGAAAAACAUCAAGGGAGUGAAAGCUCGAUUUGUUGUGACUGAUGGUGGGAUUACCAGAGUUUAUCCCAAAGAGGCUGGAGAAAAUUGGCAAGAAAACCCAGAAACCUAUGAGGACAGCUUCUAUAAAAGGAGUCUUGAUAAUGAUAACUAUGUUUUCACUGCUCCCUACUUUAACAAAAGUGGACCUGGAGCUUAUGAAUCAGGCAUUAUGGUAAGCAAAGCGGUAGAAAUAUAUAUCCAAGGAAAACUUCUUAAACCUGCAGUUGUUGGAAUUAAAAUUGAUGUAAAUUCAUGGAUAGAGAAUUUCACCAAAACAUCAAUCAGGGAUCCGUGUGCUGGUCCAGUUUGUGACUGCAAAAGAAACAGUGAUGUAAUGGAUUGUGUGAUUCUAGAUGAUGGUGGCUUUCUUCUAAUGGCAAAUCAUGAUGAUUAUACUAACCAGAUUGGAAGAUUUUUUGGAGAGAUUGAUCCAAGUUUGAUGAGACAUCUGGUUAAUAUAUCAGUCUAUGCUUUUAACAAAUCCUACGAUUAUCAGUCUGUGUGUGAGCCUGGUGCUGCGCCAAAACAAGGGGCAGGCCAUCGCUCGGCAUACGUGCCGUCAAUAGCGGACAUACUACACAUUGGCUGGUGGGCAACAGCUGCUGCCUGGUCUAUUCUACAGCAGUUUAUCUUGAGUUUGACUUUUCCACGGCUUCUGGAGGCAGUUGAUAUAGAAGAUGAGGAAUUUACAGCCUCUAUAUCGAAGCAGAGUUGCAUCACUGAACAAACACAGUAUUUCUUUGAUAAUGACAGUAAGUCCUUCAGUGGUGUAUUAGACUGCGGAAACUGUUCCAGGAUAUUUCAUGUAGAAAAACUUAUGAACACCAACUUGGUAUUCAUAAUGGUUGAGAGCAAAGGGACGUGCCCCUGUGACACACGACUGCUCAUACAAGCAGAGCAGACUUCUGAUGGUCCUGAUCCUUGUGUUAUGGUUAAGCAACCCAGAUACCGAAAGGGGCCUGAGGUCUGCUUUGAUAACAAUGACUUGGAGGAUUAUACCGACUGUGGUGGCGCCUCUGGAUUAAAUGCCUCCCUGUGGUCCAUCGUUGGAAUCCAGUUUGUACUUCUUUGGCUUUUAUCUGGCAUCAGACACUGCCAGUUAUGA